AUGAAGCUCAUUCUCCUGAUGUUGUCUGUUGCCCUGCUCCUGGUCCAGGUCACCCAAGCCAAGUCUUGCUGGGGUAAGUUGGGAAGGUGCAGAGCAACGUGUGAGAAGAAUGAAGUAUUCCAUAUAUUGUGCACCAAUGAAGCUAAGUGUUGUGUACACCCCAAGCAUGUGCCUAUCGGAGCUGGAUCCUCAAGCGCACCUGAAAGCCUGGGGUAA